AUGGAACCUGCGCACGACGUGCGCUUUGCCAGCAACGAGAGCCCCCAGAGCCGCGCGGCCCCGGAGCUGUUUGACUUCGUGGAGCAGCAGCACCGUGCUCUGCUGGAGCAGCUCUCGCAACACUUCGAUCGAGAGGAAGGACUGGUCUUUGGGCCGAAAUCCGAAGCUGUGGAGGAUGCCACCCUUGGUCCGCUGGUGUCGCCGCCAUUAUCACGACAGGAUGAAGAAGUCAUACCCACCGGCGUCUCAGGGAAGAUCUUCGAGUUGGGGAUGACGGCUCAGCCUGAGGCGGAUGGCGACAAGGAAGCACCAGACCCUCCGGAACUGGUAUCCCCACGCACGGCAGGGUCCACUGGAGGUGUGGCGGCUCGGCGGUCGUCCUGGUCUGCGGCGAUGAUGGACUACGAAUCCGCGUCCUCGCCCAAAUCCACCACUUCGAGGAAUUUGAGAAACGUGUUGCUGUCCAAUUCAGAGUAUAACAAAUCCUGGAGCAGCAAAUUAGGGCCUCGGUUGGAUACUGCCUCGGUCCUCUUGAUCUCCUUGAAUGCCGUCUUGCUGAUCGCUGAAUAUCAGAUUGAGGGAGAGAUGAUUGGCGUGUCGCUGCGCAAGGGUGAAGAGCCCAGAGUCUUGGCCAGGGACGUUGGCAACUUCUUUCAGUUUAUGGACGUGGUUUUCGAUUUCGUCUUCCUGGUCGAGUGGAUCAUUUGUCUCUUUUGGGUUCGUUCACAACACAGGAGCUGCGUCACGAUGGAAAUCGUUGGCAAUACGCUGCUGGUCAUUUGUGGCCUAAUGGAAGCGGUGCUGAUCAUAGCCACGGCCUGGGGAAUCGAAACCUCGGUCACCACCUUCCACGUGUUGCAUGCCAUCGCCUGCCUACGCGUCGUCCGGUGUUUUCGGGUGCUCCGACUCUUCCAGGGUCCUCAACUUCUUUUGACCGCUUGUAAUACCUUCUUGCAUUCCCUGCUUUGGGCCAUGGUGUUUCUUUUGGUCUUUAUGCUCACCUUCAGCCUGGUCUUGGGCAAUCUCUUGCUGGAGUUCUUUGUCGAUCCAAACGCUUCUGACAGGUAUUGGGUUUGGGAGCGCUAUGGCACCACCCUCCGUGCGAUGUACACGCUCUUCGAGAUCACCUUCAGUGGCAGUUGGCCCAACUCAACACGGCCGUUGAUCGAGAAGGUGAAUGCAGGCUUGGUCUUGUUCUUCGUGGUGUACAUCACCGUGGUGGCCUUUGGACUCAUCCGAGUGAUCACCGCGGUGUUUCUCAAAGACACGUUGGAUGCUGCAGCCAAUGACGCGGAUCACCAAGUCACGUUGCGCCUGCAAAAGAAGGCGGACUAUGCCCAAAAGCUGGAGGCGAUCUUUGGAGCCAUCGACCGCGAGGGCAACGGUCUGAUCACCGAGGAACGCUUAGUCGAAGCCCUGGACUAUCCUGUGGUCAGAGCAUACUUUCAAACCUUGGACUUGGUGCCUUUCCUUCGGUUCCGAGAGCUUCUUCCAUGGAACGGUCGAUUUAAAGCCUGA